UAAAGAAGCGGAGCUCUGAAUUCACCAAGCAAGCGAGCAAAGCAACCGAACAGGAUCAGCGUCUUGCUUGCGAUCCGAACCCUACCACCUCAUCAUCUCCUUCUUCAAUGGAGAGCUUGUGACCUUCUGAAGCAGAGAAAAGAAGGAAUCGAAGAUGGAUUCGCUUCUUCUCGAAGAUUUCGGGCAGAAGGUGGAUUUGACCCGGCGGAUUCGGGAGGUUCUGUUGAACUACCCAGAGGGUACGACCGUGCUGAAGGAGCUCAUUCAGAACGCCGAUGACGCCGGAGCGACCCGGGUAUGUCUCUGCCUGGACCGUCGGGUUCACGGGUCGGGUUCUCUGCUCUCAGACUCUUUGGCUCAGUGGCAAGGUCCUUCUCUUCUGGCCUUCAAUGAUGCCGUCUUCACCGAAGAUGAUUUUGUCAGUAUCUCCAGAAUUGGAGGUUCAGGGAAGCACGGACAAGCUUGGAAGACCGGCCGAUUCGGGGUUGGCUUCAAUUCCGUAUACCAUUUGACUGAUCUGCCUUCUUUUGUGAGUGGCAAAUACGUGGUAUUGUUUGAUCCCCAGGGCGCUUAUCUCCCUAAUAUUUCUGCAGCAAAUCCAGGAAAGAGAAUUGAUUAUGUCGGUUCUUCAGCUCUUUUGCAGUAUAAGGACCAGUUUUCUCCAUAUUGUGUCUUUGGCUGUGACAUGAAAAACCCUUUUCGUGGUACUUUAUUCCGUUUCCCGUUGAGGAGUUCGGAGCAGGCAGCGACUAGUAGGCUUUCAAGGCAAGCCUAUUUUGAAGCUGACAUUUCUUUGAUGUUUGAACAAUUGUUCGAGGAAGGGAUUUUCUCAUUGCUCUUUCUCAAAUGUGUAUUAUCGAUUGAAAUAUAUACAUGGGAUGCUGGAGAUCCAGAGCCAAAAAGACUUUAUUCAUGCUCGGUUAGCUCACCAAAUGAUGAUAUCAUAUGGCAUAGACAGACAGUUUUUAGACUGUCAAAGACAUCAAUUUCUGGAGAUAAGGAGAUGGAUUCGUUUACUCUGGACUUCUUGAACGACCAUGAAACUGGAAGCCAGAAUAGUCGGAGGAAGGACAGAUUUUACAUAGUUCAGACAAUGGCAUCGUCAUCUAGCAGAAUUGGUCUUUUUGCGGCUACUGCAUCCAAAGAAUAUGAUAUUCACUUGCUACCAUGGGCUUCAGUUGCAGCAUGCAUUUCAGAUGAUUCAUCAGAUAACAAUUUGCUAAAGCUGGGACAGGCUUUCUGCUUUCUCCCGUUGCCUGUACGAACUGGGUUGAGUGUACAAAUCAAUGGAUACUUUGAGGUCUCAUCAAACCGCCGUGGCAUUUGGUAUGGAGAAGACAUGGACAGGAGUGGAAAAGUUCGUUCAGCCUGGAAUAGGCUUCUUCUGGAAGACGUGGUCGCUCCCACCUUUGCACAAUUGCUGCUUUGUUUGAGAGGAGUGCUGGAUUCCAAAGAUUCUUACUAUUCAAUAUGGCCAAGUGGAUCUUUUGAAGAACCAUGGAGCAUUUUGGUUGAGCAUAUUUACAAAAACAUCAGCAACUCUCCUGUACUGUUUUCAGAUCUCCAAGGGGGAAAAUGGGUGUCUCCUUCUGAAGCUUUCCUUCAUGACGAUGAUUUCUCAAAGAGCAAAGAACUCAGAGAUGCCUUACUGCAGCUUGGAAUGCCUCUCGUGCAUCUGCCGAAACCUGUUUUCGAUAUGCUUUUGAAACAUCAGUCGUUUUUUCUUCAGAAAGUUGUUACUCCAGAUUCAGUUCGUAACUUUCUCAAAGAAUGCAAAAAUGUUUCAAAUUUGAAGAAAUAUUGCAAGGUCGUAUUAUUGGAAUAUUGCCUGGAAGAUCUGACAGAUGAUUGUGUUUGCAUACAAGCCGGCAACCUGCCACUUCUUCCGUUGGCAAAUGGUGACUUCGGCUUUUUUGCUGAAAAUGCAGAAGGCGGCUCCUAUUUUAUCUGUGAUGAAUUGGAGCAUCUGUUGUUACAGAAAGUUUAUGAUAGAGUGAUUGAUAGGAACAUUCCUCCAAGCGUAUAUGGCAGGCUAUCUUCCAUUGCAGAGACAUCAAAAGGAAAUCUUGCAAAUUUCAGUAUCCACAAUCUAGUUCAAUUAUUUCCUAGGCUUGUACCUGCUGAUUGGAAGUACAAAGUUAAGGUUUCUUGGUAUCCAGACUCCGACUCAGAUCAUCCAUCAUCGUCAUGGUUUGUUAUCUUCUGGCAGUAUCUUCAGAAACAGUGCGAGAACCUCUUGUUGUUCUGUGAUUGGCCAAUUUUUCCAUCCACAUCUGGCCAUUUGUACAGAGCUUCUGCGCAAUCAAAAUUGAUUAACGUGGAGAAACUUCCUACUGCAGUCAAAAAUGUUUUGGAGAAAAUUGGUUGCAAAAUAUUGGACAAUAAUUUUCAAGUUGAACAUUCAGAUUUGCCCACCUUUGUUUCUGAUGCUAGUUAUGAAGGUGUAUUAGACUCGAUAUUUGAUAUUGCCUCACCAGACAAUGGUGGAGUGCAAACCUUUCUUUAUAACUUAACCGCUGAAGAUAAGGAUGAACUUCGUAGGUUUCUUCUGGAUCCGAAAUGGCACGUAGGACGUCAAAUUGGGGAUUCUUACCUCAGAAAUUGUAGGGUUUUGCCCAUUUAUCGUGUAUAUGAAGGAAUUUCUGCUCAAGAAUACAACUUUUCCGAUCUUGUUAAUCCUCCAAAGUAUUUACCUCCAUUGGAUGUGCCAGGUUGUCUUCUGGGAUGUCAGUUCGUUCGAGGCUCCUCUAGCAGUGAAGAUGAUGUUCUCUUGAGGUUUUAUGGUGUUGAAAGAAUGGGUAAAGCUAGUUUCUACAGACUGAAUGUGUUCGACAGAGUUGGAAUUUUGCAACCUGAGAUCCGUGAUCAGGUCAUGAUUUCUAUUUUGCAAAACCUUCCACAACUGUCUCUUGAAGACAGAUGCUUCAGGGAAGAUAUGAGGAAUUUGGAAUUUGUUCCAACUGUCAGCGGGACUCUUAAACAUCCGGCUGCUUUACAUGAUCCUCGCAACGAGGAAUUAUAUGCUUUAUUGGAAGAUUCAGGUAGUUUCCCUGCUAGUGGAUUCCAGGAAUCUGCUAUAUUGGAUAUGCUUCAAGGUUUGGGCCUUAGAACAGCUGUUUCUCCUGAGACGGUUUUAGAGAGCGCUCGACAGGUAGAGCAACUGGUGCACACAGAUCUAGAAAAGGCACAUUCACGUGGUAAAGUGCUUCUUUCAUACUUAGAGGUGAAUGCAAUGAAAUGGCUUCCUGAUCAGUCCACUGAAGAUGAUGGAGCUAUAAACAGAAUAUUUUCACGAGCCGCAACUGCCUUCAGACCGCGUAAUCUGAAAUGUAACCUUGUAAAGUUCUGGAAUGAUCUUAGAAUGAUCUGCUGGUGCCCAGUUUUAGUUUCUGCUCCAUUUCAGGCUUUACCUUGGCCAGCUGUGACAUCUACGGUCGCUCCACCGAAGCUUGUACGCCCCAAAACAGACAUGUGGCUAGUUUCUGCAAGCAUGCGGAUACUGGAUGGUGAAUGUUCUUCAACAGCGCUUGCUUAUAACCUGGGAUGGUUGUCACCUCCAGGAGGCAGUGCAAUUGCUGCUCAGUUACUUGAACUUGGAAAGAACAAUGAAGUUCUGAAUGAUCAGGUUCUUCGACAGGAACUAGCUUUAGCGAUGCCGCAGAUAUACUCAAUUCUUGCAAGCUUAGUUGGUUCAGAUGAAAUGGACAUAGUAAAGGCUGUACUUGAAGGUAGUCGUUGGAUCUGGGUAGGUGAUGGGUUUGCAACUUCAACUGAGGUGGUUCUUGAUGGUCCUCUUCAUCUGGUCCCCUAUGUACGUGUCAUACCUACCGACUUAGCAGUUUUCAGGGGACUAUUCUUGGAGCUUGGAAUUCGUGAAUAUUUAAUGCCACCCGAUUAUACUGAUAUCUUAUGCAGAAUGGCUGCAAGGAAAGGUAGUUCACCUCUUGGUCCCGAGGAAAUCAGGGCGGCUGUGCUGAUUUCACAGCAGCUAGCUGAAGCGCAGUUUCUUGACAAAGUCAUAAUCUACUUACCAGAUGUUUCUGGUCGGCUAUUCCCUUCCAGUGAUUUGGUUUUCAAUGAUGCUCCAUGGUUGGCUGCUUCAGACAAUGGCAACAGUUCGUUUGAUGCUGAAUCUACAAUGUUACUGAAUGCGAAGAGAACAACGCAGAAAUUUGUCCAUGGUAACAUAUCUAAUGAAGUUGGUGAAAAACUUGGUGUUCGCUCACUUCGUAGAGUCUUGCUGGCUGAAAGUGCUGAUUCAAUGAACUUGAGUUUAUCUGGUGCUGCUGAGGCAUUUGGACAGCACGAGGCAUUGACCACGAGACUUAAACACAUACUAGAAAUGUAUGCUGAUGGGCCUGGGAUUCUUUUUGAGCUCGUUCAAAAUGCUGAAGAUGCAGGAGCUUCUGAAGUGAUAUUUCUUUUGGAUAGAACUCAGUAUGGGACUUCUUCUCUUCUCUCUCCUGAAAUGGCAGAUUGGCAGGGCCCUGCUCUGUACUGCUUCAACAACUCGGUUUUUACUCCACAAGAUCUGUAUGCGAUCUCCCGCAUUGGUCAAGCAAGCAAACUUGAAAAACCUUUUGCGAUUGGAAGGUUUGGGUUGGGAUUUAACUGUGUUUAUCAUUUCACAGAUAUCCCUGCAUUUGUUUCUGGGGAAAACAUUGUUAUGUUUGAUCCUCAUGCCAACCAUUUGCCUGGUAUCUCUCCUUCCCACCCAGGCUUGCGGAUUAAAUUUGUAGGAAGACAAAUUUUGGACCAGUUUCCCGAUCAAUUUACCCCGUUCUUACAUUUUGGGUGUGAUUUAAAGCAUACAUUUCCUGGUACCCUCUUCCGGUUUCCUCUUAGAAAUGCUAGUGUUGCUUCCAGGAGCCAUAUAAAGAAAGAAGCAUACGCUCCUGAAGAUGUGUUAUCUCUGUUCUCCUCUUUUGCUAGCGUGGUUUCUGAGACUUUACUUUUUCUGCACAACGUGAAAACAAUCUCCAUCUUUGUGAAGGAAGGGACUGGUCAUGAAAUGCAAUUACUGCAUCGCGUAUGCAAGGAUUACAUUGUUGGGCAAGAAAUUGAAUCAAGGUCCGCAGAUAAAGUCUUUAGCCUUCUUGAUGAAAAUCGAUCUGCUGGAAUUAGUAAAGAUCAGCUGCUAAAAAAGCUAACCAGCACAAUAGAUAAAGAUCUACCAUAUAAAUGCCAAAAAAUUGUGGUGACGGAACAAGAUUCUUCUGGCUGUAUGUCUCAUGGAUGGAUAACUGGUGAAUGUCUGGGUGGUGGUUUCAGUAAAAAACAGUCAAAUUUUAUAGAGAUGUCCCACAAGUUGAUACCCUGGGCUAGCGUGGCUGUGCUUAUAAAUUCUGUCAAAACUAACAAUGUGAAGCAUGAUGCGGCUGCUGGCGUUUCUGACGUAUUUGAGUUAUCUACGAUUCCGGUUCAGAACAAAAGAAACUUUGAUGGCCGUGCUUUCUGCUUUCUGCCACUGCCCAUUAGUACUGGCCUCCCAGCGCAUAUCAAUGCAUAUUUUGAGUUGUCAUCAAACCGGAGGGACAUUUGGUUUGGUAAUGACAUGGCUGGGGGUGGCAAAACACGGUCGGACUGGAAUCUUUACUUGAUCGAGGAAAUUGUUGUCCCGGCCUACGGUCAUUUACUUGAAAAAAUUGCGUCUGAACUUGGCCCAUGUGAUUUGUUCUUCUCUGUCUGGCCAGUAACUAUAGGAUUGGAACCCUGGGCAUCUUUGGUGCGGAAGCUCUACAGUUUUGUUGCUAAUUGUGGUCUUCGUGUGCUGUAUACCAAAGCAAGAGGAGGUCAAUGGAUUUCAACCAAGCAAGCAAUUCUUCCUGAUUUUAACUUUGCUAAAGCAGAUGAGCUUGUUGAGGUCCUUGCAGAUGCUGGUCUCCCUCUUGUCACUAUCUCAAAGUCACUUGCUGAAAGAUUCAAGGAUGCUUGCCCAUCUUUGCAUUUUCUGACGCCUAGAUUAUUAAGAACUCUGUUGUCCCGGCGAAAACGUGAGUUUCGCGAUAGAGAUGGUUUGACAUUGACACUUGAGUACUGUCUGCUUGAUUUAGAAGUUCCCUUUCAGGCUGAUCUUCUCUAUGGUCUACCCCUGUUACCUCUUGCUGAUGGUUCAUUUACGUCUUUUAACAAAAACGGUGUGGCUGAGAGAAUAUUUGUCGCAGAAGGGAAUGGGCAUGAACUUCUGAAGGAUUCACUUCCUCACCGACUUGUUGACUCUGAAGUGCCAGAACAUGUUCACAGGAAGCUGUUGGCAGUAGCUCAAAGUGAAGAAUCAAACAUAUGUCUCCUCUCUUGCAAUAUACUUGAGAAGCUCUUUUUUAAGCUACUUCCAGCAGAUUGGCAUCUGUCGAAAAAGGUACUUUGGACCCCCGGCCAACAAGGGCAUCCUACAGUGGAAUGGAUAAAGGUUCUUUGGAGCUAUCUUAAGUUGUGUUGCGAUGAGCUCUCGAUAUUUUCUAAGUGGCCUAUAUUGCCAGUUGGGGACUGUUGCCUCAUGCAAUUAAUUGAAAACUCAAAUGUUAUUCAAGAUGAUGGCUGGAGUGAGAACAUGUCAUCUUUAUUGGCGAAGACAGGAUGUCAGUUCUUGAACCGUGAGGUUCCAAUAGAACAUCCUCUGUUGGAAAAAUAUGUUCAACCAUCAACCGCAGCUGGCAUAUUGAAUGCUUUUCUUGCUGUUUCUGGUGAGCCAGAAAGCAUAAACAAGCUUUUCUGUAAUGCUUCCGAAGGAGAAUUGCAAGAACUUCGAAGCUUUAUUCUUCAGUCAAAGUGGUUUUCUGGAGGACAAAUGAAUGAGAUCCAUUUUGAGACCAUCAAGCACCUCCCUGUAUUUGAGUCAUACAGAAAUAGAAAUCUCGUUAGUUUGAACAGACCAGUCAAGUGGCUGAAACCUGAUGGUAUCAGGGAUGAUCUUUUGGAUGAUGAUUUUGUACGCCUAGAUUCUGAGAAGGAGAGAGUUAUCUUCAAAAGAUACUUAAACAUCGUAGAACCCUCGAGAACGGAAUUCUACAAGGCAUGUGUACUCAACCGUAUGUCAGAGUUCCUUUCACAGCCAGAUGCUCUUUUGACAAUUUUGCAUGAUUUGAAUGAUCUUGUUGCGGAGGAUGUUUCCAUUAAACUUGCCUUGUCUUCAACACCUUUUGUUCUCGCUUCAAAUGGAUUGUGGCAACAACCCUCCAGGCUUUAUGAUCCUCGCAUACCUGGUCUACAAAAGCUUCUUCACAGAGAAGUCUACUUUCCUUCGGAGACAUUUUCAGAGCCUGGGAUCCUGGAUGCACUGGUUGGCCUUGGACUUAGAACAAGUCUGGAUUCUUUUGGUUAUCUUGAUGCUGCUAGAACUGUGUCAAUUUUACAUGACUCGGGGGAUUUAGAAGCAUUGAAUUAUGGAAGAAGGCUAGUUUUACAUAUAGAAUCUCUUUCUCUCAAGCGUGCUUUGGAGACAUGUGAAGAAAACCAUGAUGAACCUCAGAAUGUAAUGCUGUGUAUUACUGACGUAGACAGUGGCUCUUCGGAUAGAGUAAACGAUUCUGAAUAUGACAUGGUAUCUGGCUGUCUUGGGAGGAUCUUGUUCACCGAUCAAUCAGAAGAUGAUUUUUGGUGUCAGCUUAGGUCCAUCCCUUGGUGCCCUAUUCGCCCUGAUCCACCAUUACAAGGAAUUCCAUGGCUCAAAUCCACUAACUUAGUGGCAUCUCCAGAUAGAGUGAGACCCAAAUCUCAAAUGUUUAUGGUGUCUGCCACAAUGCAUGUGCUGGACGGGGAAUGCCGCUCUUCGUAUCUGCAUCAGAAACUUGGGUGGACGGGUUGCUUGAAUAUUGAUAUCCUGUGCAACCAACUGGUUGAGUUAUCCAAGUCCUAUAAACAACAGAAGUCAUGUUCAUCAGUUAGUCCUGAUUUCGAAACCAUGUUACAAAUUCAAAUUCCUUUGCUCUAUACAAAUUUGCAAGAACGAAUCAGGACUAAUGAUUUUCCUGCUCUGAGAUCAGCAUUAAAUGGCAUUCCUUGGGUCUGGAUUGGAGAUGAUUUUGUCUCUUCAGGUGUUCUUGCUUUUGAUUCACCGGUGAAAUUUACCCCUUAUUUUUAUGUUGUCCCCUCAGAAUUAUCAGAUUUUAGAGAAUUGCUUCUCGAAUUGGGUGUGCGACUUAGCUUUGACGUUGCAGAUUACUUGAACACUCUGCAGCGCUUGCAGAAUGAUUUUAGAGGAUCACCGUUAAUGGACGAGCAGAUAGAUUUUGUCCAUUGUGUUCUUGAAGCCAUUGCAGACUGUUUGUCUGAGACAUCGUGUGAUUAUGGUGACAAUUUACUUUUAGUCCCAGAUUCUGAUGGAUUUCUGGUGCCUUUUGAGGAUCUUGUUUAUAAUGAUGCACCAUGGGUAGAAAACAGUUCUCUUCCUGGCAAAACUUUUGUGCAUCCUAGCAUCAACAAUGACUUGGCUUACAAGUUAGGUAUAAAGUCACUUCGUUGCAUUUCCCUUGUGGACAAUGAUAUUACCCAAGAUAUCCCUUGCAUGGAUUUCGCGAAACUGAAGGAGCUUCUAUCAUUAUACGGAGACAAAGACUUAGUGUUGUUCGACCUUCUUGAAUUGGCUGACUGCUGCAAGGUUAAGAAGCUGCACCUAAUUUUUGACAAGAGGGAGCACGCUCGCAAGUCCUUGCUGCAACAUAAUUUUGGUGAAUUUCAAGGUCCUGCUAUGGUGGCCAUUUUGGAAGGUGCUAACUUGAACAGGGAUGAGGUUUCUGGUCUUCAGCAUCUUUCACCCGGGAGAAUUAGGGGUGAAACUCUUAACUACGGCCUGGGCCUUCUCAGCUGCUACUUCUUAUGCGAUCUUCUUUCUAUUGUUUCGGGUGGCUACUUUUACAUGUUUGAUCCUCAAGGAUUGGCUCUCUCUGCGUCUACGACUCACUCUCCUGCUGCAAAGAUGUUUUCCUUGAUAGGUACAAAUUUGGUCGAGAGAUUUCGUGAUCAAUUUAACCCCAUGAUGAUUGAUCACGGUAUGGUAUGGUCAUCAGCGGAUUCUACCAUUAUUCGAAUGCCUUUAUCGUCAGAAUGGUUGAAAGAUGGAGUUGAAAUGGGACAGCAGAGAGUGAAGCAAAUAUCUGAUAGAUUUUUGGAGCAUGCUUCCAGAAUGCUCAUUUUCCUGAAGUCAGUUUCCCAGGUAUCGUUUUCCACAUGGGAGCAAGGAAACACACAACCACAUCAGGAUUAUGUUCUCCAUAUUGAUUCAUCAUUGGCUAUGAUGAGGAACCCAUUCUCUGAAAAGAAAUGGAGAAAGUUUCAGAUAUCUAGGUUGUUUAGUAGCUCAAGCUCUGCUAGUAAAUCACACAUAAUAGAUGUGAACCUACAUAUAGGGGAAAGCAAACUUCUGGAUCGCUGGCUUGUUGUUCUCAACAUGGGUUCUGGGCAAACACGAAACAUGGCUCUUGACAGGAGGUAUUUAGCAUACAAUUUGACCCCUGUUGCUGGAGUUGCUGCACAUGUAUCUCGAAAUGGCCGUCCUGUUGAUGUUAAUCCAACCAGCUCCAUUAUGUCUCCUUUGCCUUUGUCUGGUACUGUGCCUUUACCUGUCACCAUCCUUGGCUGCUUCCUUGUACGUCACAACGGUGGUCGUUUUCUUUUCAAGUACCAAAAUCAGAGAGACAACCAAGUGUCACAACUCGAUGCUGGAGAUAAAUUGGUUGAUGCCUGGAACAGAGAGUUAAUGACAUGUGUUCGUGAUUCUUACAUAGAAAUGGCUAUGGAGAUGGAAAAGAUAAGGCGGGAACAUUCGAGUUCAUCGGUGGAAUCGAAUGCAGCACGUCUGCUGGCCCUUUCUCUUAAAGCCUAUGGUAAUCAGUUGUAUUCCUUCUGGCCACGAUCUAGUCAACAUUUUUUGCUUAGCCAACCUGGUGAUGCUAUAACAGCUGAAGUCCUCAAGGCAGAGUGGCAAUGCGUGGUUGAACAAGUUGUAAGGCCUUUUUAUGUUCGUGUUGCCGACCUUCCUCUGUGGCAGCUAUACUCGGGAAAUUUGGUCAAAGCUGAAGAGGGUAUGUUUCUAACACAACCUGGAGGUGAGGUUGCUGCUAAUUUGCUUCCUGUUACAGUGUGUAGCUUUGUAAAGGAACAUUAUCAGGUGUUUUCUGUGCCUUGGGAAUUGCUGGCUGAGAUCCAGGCAGUAGGGAUUCCAGUUCGAGAAGUUAAACCAAAGAUGGUGCGUGAUCUUCUAAGAAAGUCAUCAGCAUCAAUCGAUCUCCGAUCAGUUGAUACCUAUAUCGAUGUUCUUGAAUAUUGCCUCUCAGAUAUUCAAUUCCCUGGAUCAUUGAACUACACUGAGGGCACUAUGGUGGAUGAAGGACAUGGAAAUUCUGCUUCAAUGUCAACUUCUAGUCAAGGUCAUUCUGGCUCAAGUGAUGCUUUCGAAAUGAUGACAAGCAUAGGGAAGGCUUUAUUUGAUUUAGGCAGAGUUGUUGUUGAAGAUAUUGGUCGCAGUGGAGGUCCCAUAAGUCAGAGAAGUAUCAGCAAUAAUAGGUAUGGGAAUGUUGACCCGAGGUUUCUAUCAAUAUUUAAUGAGCUAAAAGGAUUACCAUGCCCGACUGCAACAAACCAUCUGGCACGUUUGGGUAUUUCUGAACUAUGGCUGGGUAACAAAGAGCAGCAGAUGUUGAUGUUGCCUGUUGCUGCAAGAUUUAUCCAUCCAAAAGUGUUCGAUAGAUCAAGCUUGGCUGAUAUCUUUUCGAAAUCCGAAGUUCAAGUGUUUCUGAAAUUAAAGAGCUGGUCUCUUUCUCUACUGGCCAGUAAUAUGAAAUCACUCUUUCAUGAUCAUUGGGUUAAUUAUGUUGUGGAAUCGAGUAUGGUGCCAUGGUUUUCAUGGGAAAACACAUCCAGUUCUAGCGAUGACAGUGGCCCCUCGGCUGAAUGGAUUCAGCUGUUCUGGAAAAAUUUUAAUGGAUCAGCAGAAGAUCUCUCACUUUUCUCUGAUUGGCCUCUGAUUCCUGCCUUCCUUGGUAGGCCGAUAUUGUGUCGUGUUCGGGAGAAACAUCUAAUAUUCUUUCCACCACCAGUCUUUCAGCCAAGCUCGGGAAGUGGUGUCAUGGAUCUAAAUCAAAGCGAGGUUGAUCUGCCCACAACAUCAGCGAGUUCUCCGUCUGGGUCGAUACAACAUUAUGUUUCCGGCUUUGAACUAGCACGAAGCAAGCAUCCUUGGCUGAUAUCAUUCUUGAAUCAGUGCAAUAUACCUGUUUAUGAUGUGGCAUAUACUGAUUGUGCUCAGAGAUGCGGCUGUCUACCUUCACCCACAGUAUCACUUGGCCAAGUUAUUGUCUCCAAGCUUGCUGCUGGCAAACAUGCUGGCUACAUUACUGAAAUUACAUCAUUUCCAACAGCCAGCCGUGAUGAGCUCUUUAUGCUUUUGGCUAACGAUCUCUCUUCCAAUGGCUCAAAUUAUAGAGCAGAUGAACUUGAAGUACUACGUUCUCUUCCUAUAUUUAGGACAAUAGCUGGGUCUUAUACACAUCUUCUAAGGCAGGAUUUGUGUAUAAUCUCUGGAAAUUCGUUCCUUAAACCAUAUGAUGCCUGUUGCUUCUCAUAUUUCCCCAACUCAGUUGAAUGUCGCUUUCUUCAGGCCCUUGGGAUCUCUGUGUUGCAUGAUCAUCAAAUUUUGGUGAGGUUCGGACUAGCUGAAUUUGAAAGCAGAUCACAAUCUGAACAAGAUGAUAUAUUGGUUUAUCUAUAUGGGAAUUGGCAAGAUUUACAGGCUAAUUCUGCAGUGAUUGAAGCACUAAGGGAGGCUAAGUUUGUUAGAACCUCUGAUGAAUUUUCAUCUGAGUUGUGUAAACCGAAGGAGUUGUUUGAUCCUUCUGAUGCUUUAUUAAUGUCAGUCUUUUUUGGUGAAAGAAAGAGGUUUCCUGGCGAAAGAUUCACAUCGGAAGGUUGGCUCCGCAUUCUACGAAAAGCUGGCCUUCGAACAGCAGCCGAAGCUGAUGUCAUACUUGAAUGUGCCAAAAGGGUGGAAUUUCUGGGAACGGGGUGUCCAAAAUCUUCUGCACGAGAUGAAUUUGAGACUGACCUUACGCACUCUGAGAAAGAAGUUUCUGUAGAGUUAUUUUCAUUAGCAGGAUCUGUUCUGGAGACCAUAUUCUCGAACUUUGCUGUUCUUUAUAGCAACUCCUUCUGUAACACACUUGGCACAAUUGCUUGUGUACCUGCGGAAUCUGGGUUUCCAAGUCUGGGUGGUAGAAGAGGUGGCAAAAAAGUACUUACAACCUAUAGUCAAGCGAUUCUUUCACGGGACUGGCCCCUGGCUUGGAGAUCUGCUCCUAUUCUUUCAAGUCAGAAUUUCAUUCCCCCUGAAUAUUCCUGGGCAGCAUUCCACCUAAAAAGUCCUCCAGCUUUCUCUACUGUUCUUAAACACUUACAGGUUAUCGGGCAAAAUGGUGGUGAGGACACUCUUGCUCACUGGCCCAAUAAUCCAAGUGUGAUGACGAUUGAGGCUGCUUCUUGUGAAGUUUUGAAGUACCUGGAAAAGGUUUGGGGUUCCCUCUCUCCUUCAGAUAUUUCCGAGUUGCAAAAAGUUGCAUUUCUACCAGCUGCAAAUGGAACACGCCUGGUGGGGUCUAGCUCUCUUUUUGUUCGCCUGCCGAUCAACCUGUCGCCUUUUGCAUUUGAGCUACCUAGUCUCUAUCUACCAUUUCUGAAAAUCCUCAAAGAUUUGGGGCUCAAGGACGAGCUCUCAGUUGGUGCUGCUAAGGAGAUUCUUUCCAAACUACAAAAAGUGUGCGGUUAUCAGCGUCUGAACCUGAAUGAACUUCGGGCUGUGAUGGAAAUUUUGCAUUUUCUCUGUGAUGACAGAGAUAAGACAAAGGCAUCUGACAAUUCUGCUUUGAAAUCUGAUGCAAUAGUCCCAGAUGAUGGCUGUAGGCUUGUUCAUGCAAGAUCUUGUGUAUAUGUUGAUUCUUUUGGAUCACGCUAUGUAAAAUACAUAGACACUUCAAGAUUAAGAUUUUCUCAUCCAAAUGUUCCAGAGAAGAUCUGUCUUGACUUGGGAGUCAGAAAGCUCUCUGAUGUAGUUAUUGAGGAACUCGAUUAUGCUGAACAAAUUCAGAACCUAGACCACAUCGGGCCAAUCUCACUUGAGGUUAUUAGACGGAAGUUACAAAGCGAAUCCUUUCAAGCCGCUCUAUGGCAUGUGAGCCAUGAGGACACCACCACCAGUGGCAUGCCCUUUGAAGAUGUACGGAAUUCUCUUCAAUCUGCAGCGGAGAAAAUUCAAUUCGUUAAAAGCAUUUAUACUCGGUUUCUUCUCCUGCCGAGCUCUGUGGACGUGACCCUCGUGUCCAAGGAGUCCAUGAUUCCUGAAUGGGAGAAUGAAUCCCGCCAUCGGACAAUGUAUUUUCUCAAUCCUUCCAGAACAACUAUCUUGGUCUCUCAACUGCCAGGAUAUGUUUCUUUCCUGGAUGUCAUUGCGACAGUGGUGAGUGAGGUUUUAGGGUUUCCUACCCCUCUGCCUAUAGGAUCUUUAUUUUCAUGUCCUCAGGGAUCUGAAACUGCAAUCGCUACCCGCCUGAGACUAUGCUCUGAUGCUUCCAAUAGCAGCACCAGCUCAGCCGAUAGCUCUGUUGGCCGAGAGAUACUGUCUCAAGAUGCUUUACAAGUACAGCUUCACCCGUUGAGACCAUUUUACAAAGGAGAGAUUGUUGCUUGGAAAAUCCAACAGGGAGACAAGCUGAGAUAUGGGAGAGUCCCAGAGGAUGUUAGACCUUCCGCAGGCCAAGCCCUCUACAGAUUUAAGGUCGAAAUAUCACCUGGAGUGACUGAGUUGUUGCUUUCAUCUCAAGUUUUCUCCUUCAGAAGCACAUCAAUCGAGAACGAAGGCCCGUCUGCGUUGUCAUUGGAGGUGCAACCCACGAUGAAUGUUAACAAGUCUCGUGAAACGGCAGAAAGUUCCAGAACUAGCAGAACAAGUUCUGAUCAGAACGUGAAUGAGGUGAAGUAUGGUAGGGUCUCAGCGGAAGAACUGGUGCAGGCAGUGCAAGAGAUGCUUUCAGCAGCUGGGAUUAACAUGGAACUGGAAAAACAAUCUCUACUGCAGAGAACCAUAACGCUCCAAGAACAGCUGAAGGAGUCCCAAGCGGCGCUCUUGCUUGAGCAGGAGAGAGCGGAGGUAGCGGGGAAGGAAGCAGAGACGGCGAAAGGGCAAUGGGUGUGUCGGAUUUGUCUGACCAAUGAAGUUGAUAUGACUCUUGUUCCCUGCGGCCACGUCCUCUGCCGGAGAUGCGCUUCUGCUGUUUCCCGAUGUCCCUUUUGUCGUCUUCAAGUCGCCAAAACCAUUAGAAUUUUCCGUCCUUAAAGUCCUACAAUUUUUGUUCAUAUGCCAAACUGCAAGCAUUCUUGCUACAACAAAGCAACGUGUAUAUUGUGAUUGGACCGACCACGCCGGUGUGUUUUUUGUUUCUUCAUUGGUUGGAAUAAAAGGUUAAUUUUUUAAGUUGUGUAAUAAUAAGAAUAAUGUUAUUUAUAUGUUAUAA